AUGUACUCUUCGGGGUUAGUCCUGGGGGCCCUGCUUUUCAGCGGCUACACCAACGCGCACGGGACGGUCUCAGGGAUUGAGAUAGACGGGAAGUUCAUCCAAGGAUAUAGCCCCAGCCAGCAAUACCAGAAUCCACCGCCGAAGGUGGUCGGCUGGUCCAUACCGCAAGACCAGUCUAACGGCUUCGUCGAGGACAUCACCAGCCCAGAUGUGAUCUGCCACAUCGGCGCCACCCCAGCCCCGAUCACAGCCCCAGUACAGGCCGGUGCCAACGUAACGCUGUUCUGGACCAGCAACUGGCCCGAGUCGCACCACGGGCCCAUGCUGGACUACCUGGCAGCGUGCCCCGGCAACGACUGCGCCAACGUCGACAAGACGCAGCUGAAAUUCUUCAAGAUCGACCAGGUCGGGCUCGUCGACGGGUCCAAGCCGCCGGGGACAUGGGGAUCCGACCAGAUGAUCGCCAACAACUUCUCAUGGACGACGACCAUCCCGGCGUCCAUCGCCCCCGGGCAGUAUGUACUGAGGCACGAGACCAUCGCCCUGCACGAGGCCCAGAACGAGGGCAAGGCCCAGAGCUACCCCCAGUGUGUGAGCUUGGACGUCCAGGGCGGCGGCACGGCGGCCCCCGAGGGCGUGGUUGGUACGGCGCUAUACAAGAAGGAUGACCCGGGCUUAGUGUUCAACAUCUAUACCGAGCAUGCUCCGUCGGAUUACACGCCGCCUGGGCCGCCUGUCUUUACGGGCUGA